AUGUCAGGUUUCUAUAUGGACCAAACACUGUGGGAUAGUCAGUCUCAACCCCAAUAUCAACAUCACUCCUUACCUUAUCACUUUAGACCAGAAGCCGCCCAUUCAUUACCACACAGUUUCAAAUCCUGUCAAGUCCCUCUUCAAGUCUGUCUCCGUCUUCCUGUCUCUGAACUCUUCAUUCAUCACCCACAAUCCUCUGGUCCAUCUUCUCUCCUUCCCUUUAUACCGCCUGAUUGUCUUUUCCGCAAACCCUCUGAUCUCUCCCGUCUCAUUGGUUACGAUCUAUUCAUCCACGAUACUCAGUCUCUAUCCAUAAAAUACCGCACACGCAAUAAAUUGACUCAACACUGUCGUAUCCCCCUUCAAAUAUUCAAACAUAUCCACAAACAAAAACUAUUUCUCAAAUCAUUUGUCCUCGCUCACCUUGAAUCUACUAUGAUUACACCUCCCCUUAACACCUACAAUAUCCUUCAUCCUUCUUGCCUGCAAUCCUAUGUCACCACACUUACAUACUUUCAAUCUCUCUCCUCACCACUAGUUUUCAAACCUGCACCUCCCGCUGUUUCUGGUUAUAAAGCCUUACUUCCCCAACACAUUCCUACACCCACCUCACCUUUUGACAUUGUCCCUAAUUGGAAAGCCUUUUGGUCACUUCAAAUCAUACAUCGCUCCCGCAACAUCUUGUUCCGCUUCCUACACAAAACCAUCAACACUCGCUUCUACUUACAUCAAAAAUUACCGAAGCUCAUCACUAGCCCUCAAUGA